GCCUGUUCUAUUCAUUCUAUUUCUAUGGGAUACACACCAUCAUAAACACGGGAGGAGUUUUGCUCUACACAGGCAUGCUCUGGUCUCUACAGCAUGGGGAAGGAGACUUGGAUAAGGCAGGAACAAGAGAAGGUCUUACCUCUCUUGGAAUUGUAUUGCUUUACUGUAAGUCCUUACUCAGCAGGGGAAUGCACAGAGAGAAAAAGAAGGAAGGAGAGAGAGGAGUGGAGAUGUCAAGGUGACACAGUGGAGAGAAGAGAGUGACACACCAGAAAAUUACUGGGUGAGCUUUCAUUAAGAGGAGAAUAUAAUACUUUAAGAGGGCAACAGUAAUUGAUCACAAUGAAUAGAAUCAGUAAUUAAUUCAAACGUGAAAUACGUGCAUUUGCUAAAAGCGAGCAAAGGAGAGAGACAGAAAGAAGAACAUUAACCAGAUGAAAGAGAGAGGAAAAAUAGAAACUUUAGCUAAACAAAAAAGUAAAGGAACCCUUGGUGAGUGAACAGUCUCUAGAUAGAUAAUUCAAUCGUAUCUCAUCAUGGUGAACCUGGACCUGAGGUCUCUCACCCUGCCAGUGGGCAUCAUCCGUAUGGUGGAGGUGGUCCUCACCUGUAUCUCCUUCAGUCUGGUGGCCUCGGCAGGCCAUGUGCUCUCCACACACUGGGCCUGGUGCAUGUUCACCUGGUGCUUCUGCUGCUUCUUCUCCCUCUUCAUCCUCAUCAUGGAGUUCACCCGCUUCAGCGACAAGGUGCCCAUCUCCUGGGACGACUUCACCACAGCCUUCGCCAUGCUAGCCACACUAAUGUGUUUCACCUCCUCCAUCAUCUACCCCACCUUCUUCACCUGCCCCACCUGCUACCACCAGAUCGCCGCCACCGUCAUCUCCCUACUCUGUUUCGGAGUGUACGUCAGCGAGGUGGUGUUGGCCCGCCUCCGGCCCGGCGGUGAGAUCAGUGGCUUCCUUUCCACUGUCCCGGGCCUCCUCAAGAUACUAGAGACUCUGGUGGCUUGUAUUAUCUUCACGUCGCUUGAUCCGGCAAGGUUUUCGUUGUACCCGGGACUGCAGUGGUGCGUGGCAGUUUAUUCCCUCUGCUUCAUCUUCGCACUCGUCAUCAUCUUCCUCACUGUCGGUCAGCUGCUGUCAUUCUUUCCCUUCUCGUUCGACAAACUGCUCACGGUCUAUAACAUUCUGGCCACGGUGAUGUACAUGACCGCCAUGGUCAUCUGGCCGCUGUACGGUUUUGAGAACAACCCCCGGCCCGUUCCGUGUUUCCACUGCUCCUGGGACGAUCUGGUUGUGGUGACGUUCAUGACCGUGAUCAACCUGGUGAUCUAUAUUUUGGAUACGAUCUACUCGAUAAAGGUGGUCUUCUUCACACGGGAUGAGGAAUAGGCCAGAUUCUCAGGAACCUUCACUCCAACUUCUCCAGAACCGGUCAAUGACUGAGUACAACUCGUACACUAUCAUUCUCCCGAGUGGCUCAGUGGUCUAAGGUACUGCAUCGCAGUGCUAGCUGUGCCACUAGAGUUCCUGGUUCGAAUCCAGGCUCUGUC